UAAAAGGCGAGAAGGGAAUGGUGUCUGUGUCUGCUCUACUUUGGGACGCACUUCACACGGCUGGAUCGAGCAUCGAAGGACGGCGAGGAUGCGAUGGAGACGAAAGGCGGCAACGACCGUGCAUCCCUGGGCAGCGCAGAGGCAUCUGCACCCAACUCAACGGCUGCGCCGGCGCCUGCUCGGCCACCCCCUCCGGAAACCCUAACCGAAGCUCCACGGAGGAGGACUGGCGGAAACAAGAGAAAAGCCUCGGGUUCAGCCUCCUCCUCCUCCGCACCCACGAAGCGCCCGGCCAAGGAGAGGAGUCUCCUCCAUCACGUCUUGCCCGUGCAUAACGGCCCUUGUACUAGAGCCCGGCAAUCACCCCUCAAGCACGCGACCGCCGCCGGAAAUAGGCCUCAACAGCUUGCCUCGAAGUCCUCGUUGGCGUCGGAUGCUGGGGGUAAGGGCGCUUUAUCUGCUGCUGGUUCGAUUAAAGCGGAGGAGGAGGUAGUUCAUGAGCAACUCGUGGAUAAGGAGUUCGAAGCCAUUCGAUCAAGAGGUGCCAAGGUUCAUGCUGUUCCUACUCCUGCUGGAUGGUUCUCAUGGAAGAUGGUUCAUCCUGUGGAGAAGCAUACCCUGCCUUCUUUUUUCGAUGGCAAGUCCGAGAACAGGACGCCUGAAGUUUACAUGGAGAUUAGGAAUUCUAUCAUGAAGAAAUUUCAUUCUGAUCCAGAAAUACUGAUUGAACUCAAAGAUUUUUCUGAGCUCUCUGUCGGAGAUAUUGAUGCGAGGCAAGAGGUCUUCAAGUUCUUGGACCACUGGGGUCUGAUAAAUUUCCAUCCUUUCCCACCAGCUAAAUCUGAAGCUAUCAUAGCUGAUGCCUAUGAUGAAGAUAAAACAUCGUCUUUGGUUGAUAAGUUGUAUCAAUUUGAAACAAUUCAGUCAUUGCCCCAGAUUGCUUCUAAAUAUGAAUCCUUGCUACCUAAGCCACAAUCUUUGCUUCCAGAAUCUAGCCUAGGUGAUGAUUUGGUUAGGCGAGUUGGUGUUGAUUACCAUUGCAACUCUUGCUCAGCUGAUUGCUCUAGAAAGCGUUACCAUUGCCAAACGCAGGCAGAUUUUGAUUUGUGCACUGAUUGCUUUAAUGAUGGUAAGUUUGGAUCUGGCAUGGCACGAGCUGAUUUUAUUCUGAUGGAAUCAGCAGAGUUUCCUGGGUUGAAUGGUGGAAGUUGGACAGAUCAAGAAACAUUACUUCUAUUAGAAGCCUUAGAGCUUUUCGGGGAGAACUGGAAUGAGAUUGCGGAACAUGUUGCUACCAAAACCAAAUCCCAAUGCAUCUUACAUUUUCUUCAAAUGCCCAUUGAGGAUUCUUUCAUAGAAAAUGAUGAUGUUGCUGAUGAUAAUUACCUAGAUAGCAACGAUCACAUUACAGAAAAUAAAGAACCAACAGCCAAAAGUACUUCUGAGGUGGUGGAAGCAGACAAGAAAGAAACAAAUGAAUCCUCUCGUGAAGAUACUGUUGGAGUUGAAACCAGUAAACUAGAUGCUUUUGAGACAGUAGAUGAACCUAUGACUUCCAAACCAGAUUCUCUGGUGGAUGGAAAUACUUGUAAUGCUAAAAAUUUCCAUGAAGGUGAGACCAACUUUGCCAUUGAUGCACUGAAGGCUGCAUUUCAGGCUGUAGGAUAUUUUCCUGAACAAGGAUUGGGUUCAUUUGCAGAAGCUGGAAACCCAGUGAUGGCACUUGCAGCAUUCUUAUCUAGCAUUGUUGAACCUGAUGCUGUUCUAACCUCUUGCCGCAGUUCUCUUGGAGCCAUGUCAGAAGACAUGCCUGGUGUUCAGCUUGCUACUAGGCAUUGUUUUAUCCUUGAAGAUCCACCAAAAGACUGCAAGGACCCACUUACCACUGUGAGUUCUGUUGCCGAAGCCAUCAACAAGGAGUCUAACACGGAUGAAAGGAAAAUGCAAAGUUUAGAUGCCACUAACAAAUCCAAAGAUGAGGAUGUAGCUUCAGUUUCCAUCGAGAAUGAGAAAUCCCUUUUGUUGCAAGAUUCCUCAACAACACACACUGAUGAAAAAGCAGCACAGGAGGCUUCUCCUUCAAAGAAAGCACCAAGCCCUGUCCAGAACUCUGUUGACCAGUCUUUGCCUACAGAGAAAUCUUUAUCUGCUAAUGUGAAUGAUGUAGCAGAUACUGCUUUGACUGUAACCUCAAUGCCAAGUGCUUCCAAAGAAACUGAAGAUUUGGCUUCUAAAGAACAAAUUGCAAAAGGUCAGGAGAGUAGUGAUUCUAUGUUAGUGGAUGAGAAACUAAAUAGUGUUGACAAUUCAAAUGAUUUAGCUUCAACCGACAUGAUACCUCAGCAAACAGAUUCAUCCAAAGGCGCAGAAAAUACAGAUACUUCAAUUGUAUUGGAAGGACAUGAGCAGAUGCAAACAGGGGCUUCAACUAAUGGAACCAAAGAAAAAGCAGAUGAUUGCGAAAGGAACGAGGCAAGCAAUGUGGAGAAAAAUUUCAACCCAACUGAAAUUGAAGAUGGCCACAACUUAGAUAGAUUAAAACGUGCUGCACUUACUGCACUCUCAGCUGCUUCUGUUAAGGCUAAGCUUCUUGCCAAGCUGGAAGAAGAUGAAGUGCGGAGACUUAUCUCAUUAAUCAUUGAUAAGCAGCUGCACAAGUUGGAGACAAAAUUGUCACUUUUCUCUGACAUUGAAAGUGUGGUGUUGCGGAUGAGAGAACAAACAGAGAAGGCAAGACACAGACUAAUGUUUGAGCGUUCUCAAAUUAUUGCGGCUAGACUUGGUGUGCCCCCUUCCUCUCUCAGAGCAAACCAGGCUUCCCUACCAGCGAAUCGUUUGGCCAUGGGAUAUGGUACCUCUGGCCCAAGACCUUUUAACAUGGCAACCCAGAAGCAACCACCACCUCUAAGUCGGCAAUGAAGAUGGGAAUGCAUUUGUUUUUCCAUUCUCUGGUAGGCCUAUUACUUUUGGUUUUUAUUCUCAUUGUUGUAUAAAAAACGCAUGUGAAAAAACGAGCUCAGAAUAUGUUUUUGGUUGGACACUUUUACAAGCUUGAACAUUCCUAAUCA